CCCCUCCUCUUUGCAUGUUGUCAUCGUGGAGAUAGGUGCUUGAGUGGAUGGAUAUCGCAAUGGUCCGUGUUCCUUCAGUCUGGAGGCUGGGACUGAAAGUGGGAGAUGUUGGAGCCCUUCUGGUUUGAUCUCUAGGAUAACUAACCCGCACGAGAAGCUGGAUAGGACGCUGUAAGAUCUAUCUCUUCCAACUGUCUCUGCAUUGGUGACAUGCUGUGAGAAGAGACUCUGGUCUUCUUGUGUCCUCGUCAUACUUAUGAGUCGAUAGUGAUGCCACCUGCCCAGAGUGAGUUAUGACGACGGUUCUCUCUUUGACUCAGGAAAGGAGACCCCCCCUCCAGCUAAAUGACAUGAUGAAGACACUUCCUGAAAGUUUGCUCUUCAAAGAAUCUGCAAGCAGGAUAUGAGUAUUUUGAGUCCCGGGACAGAUAACAAAUCAGCCCUUGUGGGAAUUGUGGGAGGUCCUGUAGAAUACUCCAAAGCCAUGCAGUCAGAGGAGUUAUUCAGCAGGAAACUCAAAGCCUUAAAUGGGAGCAUGGGACCACCAGCCUCCAGUGUACAGGUGAAACCUGAUGGUGCGGGAAAAACAAACGGUACUCCUGCCAUGCCUAAAAUGGGUGUCAGAGCAAGGGUGACAGAAUGGCCUCCUCGGAAAGAUUGCUGGGAUGUACGGCCUUCGCCUAACUACCAGAGUGUUAUUCCUGUUUUCCAGAAUGGCCAGGAAGAUCAUACUGUGGAUUUACUAGAGCAAGGCGAGGCGGUGUGCAUGGAAGUGGACUACACUGACAGAUACACACUCAAUGACAUUCUCAGCCACUCUCCAUUAAAGGGUCUCCACCCUAUUCGUCAGCGGAGCAACAGUGAUGUCACAAUUAGUGACAUUGACUCUGAGGAUAUAAUGGACCAGCAUGCUGUAAAUCCAAACACAGGAGCCUCUCUGCACCGUGAAUACGGAAGCACAUCCUCCAUUGACCGUCAGGGCCUUGGUGGGGAUGGCUUCUUUACCAUGCUCAGGGGCUACAGAGUUGACAACCUGGACCAUCGGAGCAUACCUCCUUUGGGAUUCCCAGAGUUGUUACGCUGUGAUGCUUCCUUGUCCCCAAGCUUACAGACAGCCGCACAGAUUGCCAGGGGAGAGAUAGUCCACAUUCCAGGCUAUGAUUACAUAGAUAGUUCUUUCCUCUACAGUCGGGAAAGGGAAAAGUCCUUCAUGAGGCGUCUUAAAUCAGAAUCAACAGAAACAUCUCUGUUUAGGAGAUUGAGAACCAUUAAAAGUGAAAGUGAUGCCUUGAGACUCUCUAUAGAGGAGGACCGGCGACCCCUGAGUUUUCAAAAAUGCUUUGCACAUUAUGAUGUCCAGAGUGUUCUUUUCAACAUCAGUGAAGCCGUUGCAAGCCGAGCAAACCUGAGCCAGAGGAAAAACACCACCACUGGAGCUUCAGCCGCCUCAGUUGGAGUUGGGGCUGCGGCCGGUGGACUAUUAGGAGGUGGGACUGUUGCUGGGGAUGGUGGAGCAGCAGGUUGUAGUAGUGGGAAUCAACCCAUGUUCGAGUCUCCACUUGGAAGCAGAGAGGAUCUAAACCCUAAGGAGAACCUGGAUGUCGAUGAGGGAGACGGAAAGAGCAAUAACCUGGUGCUGAGCUGUCCGCACUUUCGCAAUGAGAUCGGCGGAGAGGGCGAGAGGAAGAUUUCCCUCUCCAGAGCCAAUAGUGCCAACUACAGUGGCAUGUCGGAGAGUUGCUCAUUUGAGUCAUCUCUUAGCUCCCACUGUACCAAUGCAGGUGUCUCUGUACUGGAGGUGCCACGAGAAAACCAGCCAAUCCACAGGGAGAAGGUCAAACGCUACAUUAUUGAGCACAUUGAUCUUGGAGCAUACUACUACCACAAGUUCUUCUAUGGAAGAGAGCAUCAGAACUACUUUGGUGUGGAUGAGAAUCUGGGGCCAGUGGCGGUUAGCGUCCGCAGGGAGAGGCUGGACGACGGAAAGGAGAAAGAAGGAAUGCAGUAUAACUAUCGGAUCACCUUCAGAACCAGUCAGUUGACGACCCUCCGUGGAGCCAUCCUAGAGGAUGCCAUUCCAUCCACGGCAAGGCAUGGAACGGCGCGCGGCCUGCCUCUGAAGGAAGUUCUGGAAUAUGUCAUCCCAGAGCUUAAUAUCCAGUGUCUGAGGCUGGCCCUCAACUCUCCCAAAGUCCCAGAACAGCUCCUCAAACUGGAUGAGCAAGGGCUAAGCUUCCAGCACAAGGUGGGGGUUCUUUACUGCAAGGCGGGCCAGAGCACUGAGGAGGAGAUGUACAACAAUGAGAGCGCUGGACCAGCGCUGGAGGAGUUCCUGGAUCUACUUGGCCAGAGGGUGCGCCUCAAGGGCUUCACAAAAUACAGAGCUCAGCUGGAUAACAAGACUGACUCAACAGGAACACACUCCCUGUACACAACCUACAAGGACUAUGAGUUGAUGUUUCAUGUGUCCACAAUGCUCCCUUACACACCCAACAACAGGCAGCAGUUAUUAAGGAAGAGACAUAUUGGCAACGACAUCGUCACCAUAGUUUUCCAGGAGCCCGGGGCCCUUCCUUUCACUCCCAAAAACAUCCGCUCUCAGUUCCAACACGUGUUCGUCAUCGUCAGAGUCCACAGCCCCUGCACCGAUAAUGUCUGCUACAGCGUUGCUGUCUCCAGAUCCAAAGACGUGCCUCCAUUCGGACCCCCUAUUCCCAAGUCUGUAACUUUCCCAAAGUCGGCCGUUUUCAGGGACUUCCUGCUGGCCAAGGUCAUCAAUGGCGAGAAUGCUGCUCACAAGUCGGAGAAGUUCAGAGCCAUGGCAACUCGAACGCGGCAGGAGUAUCUGAAGGACUUGGCUGAGAACUUUGUCAGCACGGCUACUAUAGACUCAGCUGUCAAAUUCAGCUUCAUUACCCUCGGAGCAAAGAAGAAGGAGAAAGUAAAAGCCAGGAAGGAGGCACAUCUAUUCAGUGUGGGAGCCAUUACCUGGAGCGUCUGCGCCCGGGACUUUGGGCAGUCCAGAGACGUGGACUCCUUGCUCGGCAUUUCCAACGAGUUCAUUGUGCUCAUUGAAGAGGAGUCCAAAAACGUAGUGUUUAAUUGCUCGUGUCGUGACGUCAUUGGAUGGACCUCUGGGAUUAUGAGUAUUAAAAUCUUCUAUGAGCGUGGGGAGUGCAUCAUGCUGUCUGCCCAUGACAACUGCGGGGAGGACAUCAGAGAGAUGGUACAACGACUAGAGAUUGUCACCAGAGGCUGUGAAACAACAGAAAUGACACUGAGGAGGAACAGCCUGGGUCAGCUUGGUUUCCACGUCAAUUUUGAGGGUAUUGUUGCUGAUGUAGAGCCAUUUGGCUUCGCCUGGAAGGCAGGGCUGAGACAGGGCAGCCGGCUGGUGGAGAUUUGCAAGGUGGCCGUUGCCACUCUCACUCACGAGCAGAUGAUUGACCUCCUGCGCACAUCCAUCACAGUCAAAGUGGUUAUAAUCCAGCCCCACGAAGACGGCACUCCUCGAAGGGGCUGUUCCGAACUUUACCGGAUACCGAUGGUGGAGUACAAGGUCGACAGCGAGGGCCAGCCUUGUGAGUACAAGACGCCCUUCAGAAGAAACACCACCUGGCAUCGGGUGCCUGCAGCUGCAGGGGCGCCGCUGUCCCGGGGCUCGCCCACUCAGGGUCCUGACCGCCUGCAGUGCCAGCAGAUCCUCCAGCAGCACCAGGCAGUUAUCCCACGAAGCACUUCCUUUGAUAGGAAGCUGCCAGAUGGCUCCAGGACUCUGCAGGACAUGGAGAAUCCCCAGGUCACUAUAUGCAACAAGGGAGACCAGCACUACCGCAGCUCCCCCAGUAACCAAUCCUCCUCCAGCGAUCCUGGACCAUGUGGCAGCAGCAACUGGUCCCAGCAGCCUGGAUACGACGGGUGUCCCUCCCCUAUACUGCAUGAGCGGGCAGGCGACAUCCAAGGAGGGGACGGAGAGAUCCGCAGGGAGAGGGAGCCUACCCUGGAGAGGACAAGAUCUGCUGAGGCCAAAUGGCACAUCCCCUCCACUAAGAUCCUGAACCCUCUGAAGCAAAGGGAAGGAGGGAAGGAUUCUCCAAACAAGCUUUCUAGGACUGGCGAUAAAAACUCCAGCCACUCCAGUAGCAAUACUCUUUCAAGCAACGCCUCCAGCAACAGCGAUGACAAGCACUUUGGCUCCGGAGACCUGAUGGACCCAGAGAUGCUGGGCCUCACCUACAUUAAAGGGGCCUCCACCGACAGCGGCAUAGACACUAAUCCCUGCGUGCCCCCAGGAACUCGGAUGUUGCUGCAGGGUAGAGUCGGGGACCAGGGACACCCUUGGGUCUCUGAGCACCAGGAGGACGAAAUGACAGAAGAGGAUCAUGGGAAAUUAUACCUACAGCAAGGCUUUGCUUCAGCCAUCAUGUCUAGUCAUGUGACAGAGGGAAGCAUUGGAGACCUCAGCGAGAUUUCAUCUCAUUCAAGUGGCUCACAUCACUCUGGCAGUCCCCUUGCCCGCGGUGCCAGGUACUGUAUGUCCGCUGACUCCUCCAAGGUGUUCACCAUCCCCCAGACGAGCAGCACAGGGCCAGAGCCGGGGCCCAGCUCCGAGGCCUGUGGACAGACACGCACACAGUCCAGCUGCCAGCUCCCAGUGAGCAUGAAGACAGCUAAUGCUGAUGGGGAUGAUGAUGAUGUGGCCCACUGCACUGAGGGACCUCCCAACAUAUCAGAGUGUGGAGGAGCGGAGAGUUUGUUAGCCUUCCUGCUCAAAAUGCUGUCUGAGCGCUCCAGGCAGCUGUAUGCACAGGAGGCAGCGUGCCGGCUCCAGACUGCAGAGCGUGAUGGGAAAUCCCUGCAGAGGCUGUCAAAGGAAGAAUUUCGUAAGAUGUUGUUACCCGACAGCCCUCCAGGAGAGGACAGGAGUCGGAAGGUGUUAGCACCAGACAGUUUGUCACCAAGACGCUCACUAUACCGGACACUGUCAGACGAGAGCGUGUGUAGCAACCGGAAGGCCUCGUCCUACGCCAGCUCACACAGCUCUAUGAUCGAUCAAGCCAUGCCCAACGACAUCCUGUUCAGCACCACGCCACCUUACCACAGUACACUGCCUCCCCGCAUGGUCCACAACCAAGGAGGGUCCAACUUGCGCAGUGAGUUUUGGUUCUCUGACGGCUCCUUGGCGGAUAGGUCCAAGUUCAGCGACCCGGGCCUCAUGCCCCUCCCAGACACUGCCUCAGGCCUGGACUGGUCUCACCUGGUUGAUGCAGCACGAGCCUUUGAAGACCAGCGUGUGGCGUCUUUCUGCACCAUGACAGACAUGCAGCGGGUCGAGGCUCUGCAGAUCUCCAGAGAGCUGACCAGACGGGUGGUGGAGGCGGAGGGAGCAGCGCUGGAAGCAGACAGCUCUCCGUCCACGCUAACUGGCAAAGUUAACCAGCUGGAGGUCAUCCUCAGGCAGCUGCAGCAAGACCUCAGAAAGGAGAAGGAGGAUAAGGCCAUGUUGCAGGAGGAGGUGCAGCACCUGAGACAGGACAACAUGCGGCUGCAGGAGGAGAGCCAGACGGCAGCGGCUCAGCUCAGGAAGUUUACAGAGUGGUUCUUUCACACUAUAGACAAGAAACCCUGAGCAGAGGAUGUGCAGAAAAAGAGGACGAUGGAGUAAAAGAAAGCUUCAUCUCUCCUGGACACACACUAAACACCCAUGUAAGACUCCCAGAUAAAAACUUAAAAACAACCCCAAGAGAAUUAUGACGAAUAAUAAAAGCCAACCCCUUGCUUAGGAUGUUGUGCUGCACUGUGUGAGAGACUGAAAACCCAGAUCUGGACUAUAGUUUUGGGAACUCCUCUCUGCCUUUUUUAAGUUGUUGGUCUCUCCAUCCCCGCAAAUAAAGCUCUUGGGGAACCUUGUGAUGUUUGCGUGGGAGAGGACUUAAGAAAGGUCAUUCCAGGUUAAAGGCACUCCGCUAAGUCCUGGGAUCUUCUUACAGAAGUGGAAUGUAAAGCUCAUUUACUGUAGUCAACAUGUAAUCUACCUACGUAAGUCGCAUCAGUCUACUGUACUGUAUACUCAGCUGUAAAGUACGGGUGGAUCUCAGUACAGUAUAAUGUCAUCAAAAAGUACAUUUAUUUCAGUAAGUGUUAAACUCAUAUAUCAAAGAUACA